GGUACUUCAUCGUCUUUCUCUCUCUGUCUCUCUCUCUCUGCUCUUUCUUCAUGGAGCAAGCUUUGCUCGGCUCCAACGGCCGGGCGGCGACGACCCUCUUCAAUGUCAACCCCAAGUCGAACCCCCGCCGCCCAUCUUCGGUCCGAAUGCCCGUCGCGACGGCCGUGGCCAAGCCCUGUACCCGACCGUCGGGUCGGUGGGAGGCCAUCCACGCCGAGAUCGAGGCCCACCUCAAGAAGGCCAUCCCCGUGAAGCCCCCGCCCGUGGUGUCCGAGCCGAUGCACCACCUGACCUUCGCGGCCCCGCAGAGCACGGCCCCGGCCCUCUGCGUCGCGGCCUGCGAGCUCGUCGGCGGCGGGCGGGACCAGGCGAUGCCCGCGGCCGCCGCGCUCCACAUCAUCCGCGCGGCCGCCGUCGCCCACGAGAACCUCCCCCUGACGGACCGGCCCGAGAUCAGGCCCCCCGUGGCCCACGCCUUCGGCCCCCACGUCGAGCUCAUGACGGGGGACGGCAUGGUCCCCUUCGGCUUCGAGCUGCUCGCGGGGUCCGACGACCCGGCCCGGGGCAACUCGGAGCGGGUCCUCCGGGCCAUCGUGGAGAUCACGCGCGCGGCGGGGUCGCAAGGGACGGUGUACGGGCAAUACCACGAGGUCGAGUACCUGCUGUCGCGGCGCCGGGAUCGCCGGGACCCCGAGUGGGCCGACCACGUGUGGGCGAAGAAGGAAGGGGAGCUGCACGCGUGCGCGGCGGCGUGCGGGGCGAUACUGGGGGGCGGCACGGAGGAGGAGAUCGAGGGGCUGAGGAGGUACGGAUUCUAUGUAGGGAUGAUAAGGGGGAUGGUGGUGCACGGCGGCGGAAGGAGGGAGGACGGAGCGAUGAAGACGGUGGAAGAUAUGAAGAAAUUGGCGCUCAAGGCGUUGCACGGUUUCGAUGAAGGGAAGGUAGAGGCAGUCGCUAGCAUUCUUGAUGCCAACAUGUGCUAAAUCUUUCCUAAGGUUUAUGAAAAAAUGUAAUGUAACGUUUUACUUUAUUUGGUCGGAAUAGAAUGUAACGGUUUUUUCUUU